AUGGAGACGUCCGCCUCGGUCACGGCCACGGAGAAGAAGGACGCCAAAAGUGGGAGCCUGGAGGGUGUCGCCUUCCCCGACGCGGGCAGGAAGGCCUCUGCUCUUGCGGUGGCUGCGGCGGCGGUAGCUGCCCAAGGAGUGCCACAGCACCUUUUGCCACCGUUCCAUGCUCCCUUACCGAUUGAUAUGAGACACCAGGAGGGAAGGUACCAUUAUGAGCCCCACUCUGUCCACGGCGUGCAUGGGCCUCCUGCCCUGAGCGGCAGCCCCGUUAUCUCCGACAUCUCGUUGAUCCGGCUUUCCCCACACCCCGCCGGCCCGGGGGAGUCCCCCUUCAACGCCCCCCACCCCUACGUGAGCCCCCACAUGGAGCAUUACCUCCGUGCCAUGCACAGCAGCCCCACGCUGCCCACCAUCUCCGCGGCCCGGGGCCUCAGCCCAACUGACGUGGCCCAUGAGCACCUCAAGGAGAGGGGACUGUUUGGCCUCCCCCCUCCAGGCACCACCCCCUCAGACUAUUACCACCAGAUGACUCUCAUGGCGGGCCACCCUGGGCCGUACGGGGACCUGCUGAUGCAGAGUGGGGGUGCCACCAGUGCACCCCACCUCCACGACUACCUCAAUCCAGUGGAUGUGUCGCGCUUCUCCAGCCCACGGGUGACACCGCGCCUGAGCCGCAAGCGGGCGCUGUCCAUCUCCCCGCUCUCAGACGCCAGCCUGGACCUGCAGCGCAUGAUCCGGACCUCGCCCAACUCGCUGGUGGCCUACAUCAACAACUCCCGCAGCAGCUCUGCGGCCAGCGGCUCCUACGGGCACCUGUCAGCAGGUACCCUCAGCCCAGCCUUCUCCUUCCCCCACCCCAUCAACCCGGUGGCCUACCAGCAGAUCCUGAGCCAGCAGAGGGGCCUGGGCUCUGCCUUCGGACACACCCCACCCUUGAUCCAGCCCUCACCCACCUUCCUAGCCCAGCAGCCCGUGGCCCUCGCCUCCAUCAAUGCCACGCCGACCCAGCUCGGAGGCACCGCUGCCUGUCUGAGUGACCCCACCACCCAGAACAAGCAGAGCAGCGAGUCAGCUGUGAGCAGCACUGUCAACCCCAUCGUCAUUCAUAAGCGCAGCAAAGUCAAGACAGAGGCGGAGGGCCUGCGGCCAGCCUCCCCACUGACGCUGACACAGGUAACCUGCAGGCUGUCCUGGUCAUCCUCCGGCUGGGUCAGCGGACCCGGGCCCUUGGGGGCUGCUCUGCUCCUCCCCCAGGAGCAGCUGGCUGAUCUCAAGGAAGACUUGGACAGGGACGACUGUAAGCAGGAGGCCGAAGUGAUCGUCUACGAGACCAACUGCCACUGGGGGGACUGCAGCAAGGAGUACGACACCCAGGAGCAGCUGGUGCACCACAUCAACAACGAGCACAUCCAUGGGGAGAAGAAGGAGUUCGUGUGCCGCUGGCAGGCCUGCACGCGGGAGCAGAAGCCCUUCAAGGCACAGUACAUGCUGGUGGUGCACAUGCGCCGGCACACGGGCGAGAAGCCGCACAAGUGCACGUUCGAGGGCUGCUCAAAGGCCUACUCUCGCCUGGAGAACCUGAAGACGCACCUGCGGUCCCACACGGGGGAGAAACCUUACGUGUGUGAGCACGAGGGCUGCAACAAGGCCUUCUCCAACGCCUCGGACCGCGCCAAGCACCAGAACCGCACCCACUCCAACGAAAAACCCUACAUCUGCAAGAUCCCGGGCUGCACCAAGCGGUACACGGACCCCAGCUCCCUCCGGAAGCACGUAAAGACGGUACACGGCCCGGAUGCUCAUGUCACCAAGAAGCAGCGCAAUGACGUGCACCUCCGUGCCCCGCUGCUCAAGGAGAACGGAGACCACGAGGCCAGUGCCGAGCCCGGGGGCCGGGGUGCCGAGGAGGGCACAGAGGCCAGUGCCGCCGGCCAGGCCGUGGAGGACUGCCUGCACAUCAGAGCCAUCAAGACGGAGGGCUCCGGGCUGUGUCAGUCCAGCCCGGGGGCCCAGUCAUCCUGCAGCAGCGAGCCCUCUCCCCUGGGCAGUGCCCCCAACAACGACAGCGGCGUGGAGAUGCCGGGCACAGGGCCCGGGAGCCUGGGAGACCUGACAGCCCUGGAUGGCACGCCCCCGGGGACCGACGCCUCAGCCCUGGCCGCUCCCUCCGCUGGUGGCCUGCAGCUGCGCAAACACAUGACCGCCAUGCACCGCUUGGAGCAGCUCAAGAAGGAGAAGCUCAAGUCGCUCAAGGACGCCUGCUCCUGGGCCGGGCCGGCUCCGCACACCCGGAGCACGAAGCUGCCUCCCCUCCCGGGAAGUGGCUCCAUCCUGGAAAACCUCGGCGGCGGCGGCGGCGGCGGCGGGCUGCUGCCCAACUCGCGGCUGUCCGAGCUGUCCGCGAGCGAGGUGACCAUGCUGAGCCACCUGCAGGAGCGCCGCGACAGCUCCACCAGCACGGUCAGCUCCGCCUACACCGUGAGCCGCCGCUCCUCCGGCAUCUCCCCCUACUUCUCCAGCCGCCGCUCCAGCGAGGCCUCGCCCCUGGGCGCCGGCCGCCCGCACAACGCCAGCUCCGCCGACUCCUAUGACCCUAUCUCCACCGACGCGUCGCGGCGCUCCAGCGAGGCCAGCCAGUGCAGCGGCGGCGGCGGCGGCGGCGGCGGCGGCGGCUCGGGGCCGCUCAGCCUCACGCCCGCGCAGCAGUACAGCCUGCGGGCCAAGUACGCCGCGGCCACCGGCGGGCCGCCGCCCACCCCGCUGCCCGGCCUGGAGCGCGCGAGCCUCCGGACCAGGCUGGCGCCGCUGCCCGGGCCCUGCCCACGCAUCCUGGGGCCGCGGCGGGGCAGCGACGGCCCGGCCCGCGGCCCCGCGGGGCCCGCGCCCGCCUUCCCCCACGAGGUGCCGGGAGGCGGGGCGCGGCGGGCCAGCGACCCGGUUAGGCGACCCGACGCCCCGGCCGCCCCGCGGGUGCAGCGCUUCCACAGCGCCCACGACGUGAACCCGGCCCCGCUGCCGCCCUGCGCCGACCGGCGAGGGCUCCGCCUGCCGCCCUGCGCGGACGGCGGCCCGGCCCGGGGCGCCUACUCCCCCCGGCCGCCCAGCAUCAGCGAGCACGUGGCGAUGGAAGCAUUGGCGAUGGGGGCGGACGGCGCGGAGCCCGACAUGGGCCUCGUGCUACCAGAGGACGACCUCGUGCUGCCGGAUGACGUGGUCCAGUACAUCAGGGCGCACGGCGGCGGUGCCCUGGAAGACAGCCCCUCGCAGGCCUAUCCGCCGGAAAGCACCUGCUUCUCCGAGAACCCCAAGCUGCCCAGCCCGGGGCUGCAAGGCCCUCGCAGGAUGACGGCCGCCGAUUCCAACGGGGCCCCCUCCGCCCCUGUGCUGGAAGGCUGCCAGCUGGGCUACGGGGCGCCCUCGAGCCUGAACAAAAACCACAUGCCAGUGCAGUGGAACGAGGUGAGCUCCGGCACCGUGGACACCCUGGCCAGCCAGCCCAAGCCUUCGCCCUUCCUGCAGGGCAACCUGGUGGUGGUGCCACAGAAGGCAGCCUUGGGCCAGUACCCGGGCUAUGGUCCACAAGGCCUGCCACUGAGCCCAGGAGCCCUGGACGGCGGUCAGGGACACUUCCAGCCCUGUGGGGGAGGUCUCAACGUGCCUAGGAUAAAUUACAUGCAGCAGCUGCGGCAGCCGGGGACAGGUGGCCAGUGUUCCAAUAUGGCCACCCCUGUGAGCCCCCACACCAAUUAUGGCCAAGCCCACCCCCAGCUGAGUCCCAAUACCAUGGGUGCGACCUUGAACCAGUACCCGCCAUCCUGUAACAACAUGACAGCCAAGCCAGGCCACUUGGGGCUCCCCCAGCAAAUGGAGAUUGCUGCCGAAGCCGCCAUGAUGAGCGGCAGCCGCAGGGAACUUGGAAUUGCCAAUCCAGCCCUGGCCGGGAUGCCACCACUUCACGCGGCCCAGAGCUACCCACAGCAGAGCCACCACCUGGCAAACCCCCUAGGCCAGGAAAACUACCACCAGGGCCCCAGUCUUCUGCCUUCCCAGCAGCCCGGCUUCAUGGAGCCCCAGCAGGGCGCCGUGGGGGUCGCGGGAUCAAGCUUUGGCCUAGUUCAACCCCGGCCACCCGCUGAGCCCAGCCCUGCCAGCUGCCACCGUGGGGUCCGUGCCGGCUUGCAGCUGGCCUACGCCAGAGCCACUGGCCACGCCAUGGCUGCUGUGUCGACCAACCAGGAGAUGGCAGACGCGCCCAAGGGAGCCAUGGGCAAUGUGGCGUCCCGGCCUCCCCAGCCACCCCCGCAGGACACAGGAGGGGUCCAGGACCACAGCCUGCUCUACUACUAUGGCCAGAUCCACAUGUACGAACAGAACGGAGGCCUGGAGAGCCACGUAGGCUGCCAGGUCACACGGCCCCAGGCCUGCCCGGACAGCGUCCAGCCCCAGCCCUUGCCCUCCCCAGGGGUCAACCAGGUGUCCAGCACCGUGGACUCCCAGCUGCUGGAGGCCCCCCAGAUUGAUUUCGAUGCCAUCAUGGAUGACGGCGACCACUCGAGUUUGCUCUCGGGCGCCCUGAGUCCCAGCCUCCUCCACAGCCUCUCCCAGAACUCCUCCUGCCUCACCACUCCCCGGAACUCCCUGACUCUGCCCUCCAUCCCCACGGGCAUCAGCAACAUGGCAGUCGGGGACAUGAGCUCCAUGCUCACCAGCCUGGCCGAGGAGAGCAAGUUCCUGAAUAUGAUGACCUAAGUCCCCAGCCCCUGGCGCUCCGGGGAGCUGGGGGGAAGCCUCAUUUCCCAGAGCAUGGGAGUUCUGUUUUGUCUUUUUCCAAAAAAGUAUUAAAUAGGUCUGAGGGAGUUUUGCCAGUGGCAGGUCCAGACCACAAAUGCUUUAAGGG